AAGUUCGUUACAGAAAUGAGAUACAUUUGCCUGCUUUCAUUGCUGGGCCUCUGCCUGGCCACGCCCAGUCUACGUGGCGCCUCUGAGCCAGCCAAGAUUCUGGAGUCGCUGAGCAAUUUGCGUCAGAAUAGCUUCCUCGACUGGAUCGUCUCCAUAUUGGGGCCGGACUAUACGGACACAAGUGUGCCGGCCAAGCGGGAGUGUGCGGCUUGUGGUUGUGGCAACAUCAAUACACGGCAUCGCAUUGUGGGCGGCCAGGAGACGGAGGUGCACGAGUAUCCAUGGAUGGCCAUGCUGAUGUGGUUCGGUAGCUUCUAUUGUGGUGCUUCUCUGGUCAACGAUCAAUACGCGCUGACUGCGGCGCACUGCGUCAAUGGCUUCUACCAUCGUCUGAUUACCGUUCGCCUACUCGAGCACAAUCGUCAGGACUCGAAUGUGAAGAUUGUGGACAGACGCGUUGUUCGUGUCCUGGUGCAUCCCAACUACAGCACACGCAACUUCGACAGCGACAUCGCCCUCAUCCGGUUCAAUGAGCCAGUGCGUCUGGGCAUCGACAUGCAUCCCGUGUGCCUGCCCACGCCAACCGAAUCCUACGCUGGCCAGACGGCUGUGGUCACGGGCUGGGGUGCUUUGAGUGAGGGCGGACCCGUGUCCGACACACUGCAGGAGGUGGAGGUGCCGAUACUCUCGCAGCAGGAGUGCCGUGACAGCAACUAUGGUAUCUCCAAGAUUACGGACAACAUGAUCUGUGCCGGCUACGUGGAGGAGGGCGGCAAGGACUCUUGCCAGGGUGACAGCGGUGGACCCAUGCAUGUCAUUGGCGCCGGACAAACCUAUCAGCUGGCGGGCAUUGUGUCUUGGGGCGAGGGCUGUGCCAAGCCAGGAUCACCCGGCGUUUACACACGUGUCAGCAACUUCAACGAGUGGAUCACCGCAAACACUCGCGAUUCCUGUGCCUGCAGUCAGCCAGAGGCAGCUGAGCCGCCAGCUCCUGAAGCUAUCAGCACCACAACGGAGCAGCCCGAGUUGCCCACGGAGGAGACGGGAUCAUCUGGCGAAUCGACGGAGGCAGAUCCGGUUACUGAUCUUUUAAUCUAGAUGAUAAAUCAGUUCAAAUAAAGGCAAUGCCAUAAAACAUUCACUCUA